GUGCACAGUACACUGAGCAUGUGCAGUGCCACUGACACUCAAAACAUGGCAAGAUGACAAGCUCCUAUGGACAGCUUUAAAGCCAGGGAUCAUAACUGCUAUUGGGCUGUGAUAACUCUGUGCUGGUACAGGAUGUUCAGUAAAUUAAGUAAAAAGUACAGUAAUUCUAUUUUUUUUCUCAUUUUUAUACUUUAGUUCCUUAAGGGUUUGUUUUGAAAAUGGAACAUUUGUAGCCAGACAUACAAUACAGAGGGACUUUUAUCAGAAGGGAAGAGAAAAUUCCCCGGCAACAGACAGAAAACCACUAGCAGAUAAUGUUUAUAUAGUCAAAUAGUCAUUCCUUUGGAGAAUUGUUUGGCCAAUGUGGAAUACCAAUUGUUCUUAAAGAACUGGAGAAGUUCGACCUGAUCAAUAUCAUCCAGAAUAAGCUACGCACAAAGAUUUCCAGAAGACAGAAGAGCCAAAUCCUUUUAGCGAUGGGUCCGUUCAGUUUACCUAAUGAAACCGAGCCAGAUAAUGAGACUUUAGCAAUGCUGGAGAACAAAUACAUUGCAGUUACUCUGCCUGUAGCCUACUCUAUUGUGGCUUUAAUAGGCAUCCCAGGCAAUCUAUUCUCCCUUUGGAUUUUAAUGUUUCACACCAGACCUAUAACAUCUUCAGUAAUUCUGAUGAUCAAUUUAAGUAUAACUGACCUGGUCCUUGCUGCUUUCCUUCCAUUUCAAGUCAUUUAUCACAUCUUGAUGAACAACUGGAUCUUUGGCACACACCUGUGUACUCUGGUGACUGUGCUCUACUAUGCAAAUAUGUACUCUUCCUUAUUAACAAUCAUGCUAAUUAGCAUUGAGCGCUACCUUGGUGUGGUCCACCCAAUGAAGUCUGGAAUGUGGAGGCGAAAAAGAUAUGCUAUCGCAGCUGUUAUUAUCAUUUGGAUUUUAGUGAUGUUCAUAUUGUAUCCAAUGUUUACAACGGACUUGACCUAUGAUGUGAAGCAUCUGAAAAAACUAACAUGCUUUGAUGUUCUUAAAUGGAAAAUGUUACCAGACCUAAUGGCCUGGGCAGCCUUCAUCAUUUGUCUUUUUGUGUUUUACUUCUUGAUUCCUCUUAUAGUGACUGUGAUUUGCUAUGUUCUAAUUAUACUGAAACUGGUUCAGACUUCUAACAGAUAUGGAAGUGGACAAGAACGAAGGUCAAUACACCUUGCACUAAUGGUUCUUCUGGUGUUUAUCACAUGCUUUGCUCCCAGCAAUUUCAUACUUCUGGUUCAUGCAAUUAAUCGUUUGUUCUACAACAAAAGUUACUAUCAUGCCUACAAACUCUCACUCACCACGAGCAGCUUAAGUAGUUGCCUUGAUCCAUUUCUUUACUAUUUCGCUUCAAAGGAUUUUCGCAAGAAAGCCAAAGAAGUCUGGGCCAAAAAAGUAAGACAGACUGAGCCUUAUGAAACAAGAAGGAGCAGCAUAUUCUCUGCUUUAUCAGGAAAGUCCAUGACAUUCUCGAGUGGACACAAAGAAGUCUUUGAGAAUGGAAGCACCCAUCGCAGCUGUGAACGGCAGGAAAGCGAUGUUUAGGUGGUAGAGCCAUAACCUUGGAGGACACUCCUAUAACUGGGAAGCCAGAGAUGCCUGAUCACAAAACUGUACAAAAUAACCAUAGACUGAAAUCUCAGGGGAUCAGGAUUUUUACACUGUAUUCAGGCAUACUUUAGGAAAACCGUUGAAAAAAUACUGUAAUGUAGGGUGUGCCAAGGAAAACCUCACCACCUGUACUGAACAAUUCAUUCACAAUGGUAGUAGCUGUUUAUGAAGGAAUGUUUUUUGUAUGAUGGGCGAAUUUAUUUGCCAGGCGCGAAUUUGCGGCGAAUUUGCACGAUUUGCCGCCAGCGAAUAAAUGCACGAAACGCACGUGAAAAUUCGUGGCGCCGUUUUGCGAAUUCGCCCAUCACUAUUUAUAAUGUGUAAACAAUGUGCUUUUUUUUCUUUCUUUUAUAUCAGAUAUGCAGAAGAUACCAGUGACUUAUUUAGAACUAUAAUGAAACCUACUGUACAAAGCAUAUAGACAGCAGAUGUUGCCCUUUAUUGACUAGUCUAGCAGACUGAUCUGCUCUGAGUGGUUCAGAUCAGGUCACUUAGCCAAAUCCAACUGUGAAGGCCGGAACUUGAUAGAUCCUCAUCCGCCAUAUAUUAUUCGAACACUUGCUCAAGGGCUGAACACUGAUUUAUUCAGUCUGGCCCAAGAUUUGAUUGUUCUUGAGCCUGGCCAAAAAAAGAGAUGUUUCCAUGUUUCAAAUCAGAUCAUUUUAAAUAUAUUCUAAAAUGUGAGGAACGCGGAAUACGUUUCUUAAUGAUUUUUUAAAAAGAGGCGGAAAUGAAGAAGAAAAAACAACCAAGUAAAGGAACUUAUCUAAGCAGAGUAUAUAUUCGUUUAGAAAUACAACAAAGUAUAUGGACAUCUUGCUUGCUUAGAACACACUUUUCCUGUAUAAAGAUAAAUUUGAUGAAGACUAGGUUUGCUGUAACUUUCCAUGGCAGUGGAGAAUGGCUGAACAGCAGCUCUGUCAUGGCUAAACUACAAAUUUAGAGGAAAGGAACAUUCUUUGCACCUAGUAAGUUAUACAGGUAAGGGAUCCAUUAUCCAGAAACUUGUCAACCAGAAAGCUACAAAUUACAGGAAAGCCUCCUCCCCAGAACUACUUUUUAAUCAGACAUUCUUUUUUCUCUGUAGUAAUAAAACAGUGCCUUGUAUUUGAUCCCAACUAAGAUAUAAAUCCCAACUAAAAAACAAUUAGGGGGUUAUUUAUUAACGUCUGAAUGUCCAAAACUCGAAAAACUCUAGUUUUUUUAACUAUAAAAUCCAAAUUAUUAGUGAAAAGAAAACCUCCAAUUUUUUGUACCCCGAGGAUGGAACCCAAAAAUCCGGCAUCUCAGACCUGCCAAUGUUGUAUAUAAGUCAUUGGAAGAAGUACCGAAGAUACAUUGAUCUGCGCUGGGUUUUGUGCAAAAAUCCUAAGAUCUUCUAGUUUUUGGGUCAAAAAUCUAAAAAUACAAGU